AGGUCCAAAACCCUAAAAACCCACACGGCCUCGCCGCCCCUCCUCCGCCGCGAGCUCGUCACCUCCCUGUCCCCGGCAGGCAAGCCAUGGCGUCGCGCCUCCGCUCCUUCACCCGCCCAGCCGCCGCGGCCUUCCUCCGCUCCGCUGCCGCCCGGAGCCCCGCCGCUUCCCUCCCCGGCACCCUCGCUCCUGUCCCCAGGGCUUCGGCAAUAGGGCGGCGGAUGGCUCUGGCGCGGUCGCUGCAACCGCUGCACAGCGCGGUCUCGGCGGCCCGGCUGACGUCGCGGCUGGGGCCGGAGGUGGCCCGGGCCGUGUCGCAGGGUACGCUCUGCAGCUCCUACCCGGGAGUCUGAGUCUGAUACAGUCUACUAAUCUUUGCAACGCUACAAGACAGGUCUCAGUGUCCCUCGAUAAUGAAAGAAACUGCUCCAGAUGGCAGCGACAUCAGCAGCAGAGAGUUGGAGGGCUUGGUUGUCAUAAUAAUAAUCAUACUUGUUAAACGGUUACCUUAUUUAUUUAGGGGCACUUUGUGCAAUGUGCCAGUGGCGCAUGUUUUACCGUAAUACAUUCCUGGUAACGGCUAUUCUUUUGAAUUCCAUGUGAGGUCAAGGUUUUAGAUAACAUAGUCAUUUACUCAUUUUUCUUGUAAGUGUUCUUGCACGGCGUCUCCGUCUGUGGAGAUGUGGGCAUCAGUUGAAAGUUGAGAUUAAAUUUCGGGGUGGCAUCUCGAGAAAAUGUGAUAUUGUGUUGCAAACAUUGUUUCAGUA